GCAGGGCUGUGGAUGUGUGGAUGGUGUCACUGAGAGGGUGAAUGAGCUGCAGAAGGAAGAGGACGGCGUGGAACUGAACAUUUUGCUAUGUUAGUGUGGAGACGCCUGGAAAUGAGAAGAUGUGGUAAAGAUGCACUGGUCGUCUGAGUGGGCAGAGCAACACUAUGACAUCACUUCCACCACGUCACCUCCUGCCCACCCUAAGCCUGUUUCAUAUCCGCAGCCCAGUCAUCCAGCUUUCACCGGAUAUUCUGACGAUAUCAGCGCCCUCAGCGCCUCCACCUUGCUGAAGCGCUAUGCUGAGAGGUAUUCCUUCACUCCGGUUUACCCGGAGCCCGGCGCAUUCCGAAGAAGUGAACCCGGCCAGGAUGCCUGGUCUAUGGGCUAUAACGCAGAUGGGAUCGAUGGAAUAAAAGGUUCUGUAGCGAGUGCAAGUAACCUUUCAGAGCAAUUCGGUAAUGGGGCCAUAUCUCAAGAUUAUACCUCCACCUACAGCGGGUCGCACUUGUACCCUCGACCCACUUACUUGCACCAGCCAGCUUUUGCCUUACCGCCAACCUACCAGACUCCUGCCCCAGUCUAUACCUAUCCCCCGGGUUUAACCAACCCUAGUUCUCCUUCCCUUCUACCACCUCUGAGCAGUGGCCUCCAACCCACCCACAGCACCCAGGUUCUGAAACGGUCCGAGCAGUUCCAGGAACAUAACAAGACUUUUGGAUUCGAUCUAAACAAAAGCACCAGAGUGUCACCUUAUACGGCAAGAGAUAACAGUGAGCAUCCCAUCAGCAAUGGCAUCCCAAAUAGCAGUGCAGAUCUUCAGAGCUUCAGGCCAGACAGGAUUCUCCCACAGCCAGUUAUGAAGGUAGACCUGGUAAGGAAGAGCAGUUAUUUACAGCCCUCAGAAACAGCGUCUUAUAAUGGUGCUGAGCAAUACACCUACCCCUAAUACACUUACCCUUGAUACACCUACCCCCGAUACACCUACCCCCGAUACACUUACCCCUGAUACACCUACCCUUUAUACACCUACCCCCGAUACACUUACCCUUGAUACACCUACCCCCGAUACACCUACCCCCGAUACACCUACCCCUAAUACACUUACCCUUGAUACACCUACCCCCGAUACACCUACCCCCGAUACACCUACCCCCGAUACACCUACCCCCGAUACACUUACCCCUGAUACACCUACCCUUUAUACACCUACCCCCGAUACACUUACCCUUGAUACACCUACCCCCGAUACACCUACCCCCGAUACACCUACCCCUAAUACACUUACCCUUGAUACACCUACCCCCGAUACACCUACCCCCGAUACACCUACCCCCGAUACACCUACCCCCGAUACACUUACCCCUGAUACACCUACCCUUUAUACACCUACCCCGAUACACCUACCUUUGAUACACCUACCCCUGAUACACCUACCCCUGAGAUGGCCCAAAAUAUGCAACGUAGUGGAGCGUUCGUAGAGCUUUGGUUUUAUCUGCAGAUCUUCACUCUCCAUUUGAACCUGAAUGAUGACAAAUGUUAGUUUUUAAAUUAGAUUUUAUUUUGAUGUUGGGAAUUUGUAAGGAAUUCAUGCUACAUAUUAUAUCACAUUUUAUGAUUCCCAGAUUACUACUACAAAUUGGUGUAUCAUAAUCACAAUCUUUUUCCAUAGCAGGAAUCUUCUUUUUUUUCUUUUUUUUUUUUUUAAAAAAAAAGGAAUUUUAGUCUUGUUUCAGCACAGUAACAUUUUCAGGAUUUAUUACUAGUGGAACCUGUUUCUAGAUCUAGGUCUGUCAUAAUAUCAAUAUAGUUUCUCACAAAUAUAUUGAUAUUCACAAACUGGCCCAAGCCCCAGACAGAGUCCCUAGUUGUCCCACUGUAAUGGUGACGUUGGUUUUAGGAGCCAUUUAAGUUCCUGUUUGGCGUACUGAACAUUGCUUCUAGGUCAUACACAAGCCAGAAUCUAUAGGCACAUUUCUGUCUCAGGAAUCUUUUCAGGAACUCAGGAAUUUUAAACGCAUUUCUACCACCACAAUGUAGAAAGGUUAAAAGGAACUUGUUUACUUUAGGAACAUUUCCACCGCAGGAACUUUUUUUAAAGAAUAUAGUUAUUAUUUAGGAAUAUGUGGUGCAUUAUCACCAGGGCAACCAGGGCCGAUUUGAGCCCUGGGCCGAGUCUUCCAUAGAAACAAUUGGCAUUGGCAUAGUGAACAUUACUGAUAGUUGCUCAACCUUCUUGUAUUUAGCUAGCAACUACAAAGACUUGAAGGGUGCAAACACGGCUAGUGAUUUUAACGUCACUUGAUGCAACAAAGACAGAACUAUUCAAGAAGAACUUCAGUCUCAGAAUCUCAGCUUCCUGCAUGUUUGCUGUGAUUUUGCCAGGCACUGAAGCGUUACACACCUACAUCUUGUUAUUCUCCCAUAUCAUGAACCCAAAACAAGAACCCAUCCAGGAGAUUUCUGAAUCUCAGAAGGUUCCUAAACCAUGGUGGAAACACAGCCUAUAUCCGUAGAGCCCUACAUUUCCUUUUCCUCAGACCGACUAUUGUUCUCUAACCCCCGCUCUGUAAGUAAUCAAUCAGUGCAGUGAAGCAUAAGCCACAGCAAGCACUAAUCCCCGAACCAAUCAAUAAAUUCUAGUCACACGUAAGGUGAAGACAGAAUGUUAAGGAGGGGAAGAAACCUGAUUAGACAUUUUAAAGAUGAAGUAAAUAGUCAGGUAUUUAUACUCAGGAAAAUACUCAGGAAAUUAACCCAUAAAAGUUUACAAGGCUUUCUUUUUUUUUUUUGUUUUAAAUAUGUGAUGUUUUAAUGGACACUACUUAUGUAUUCUAGACACAAACUCGCACAAAGAAUUAUGAGAAAUAUGCAGUUAGUGAAUCAGAAUGAGAGGAUACUCUGCAAAUCGUGAAUUAUCUCAGGAAUGACAGAAAAAAACAAACUAGAGGAAUGAAAAUGUCUUCUUUUUUUGUUCAUUAAUGGUAAAAAAAAAACAAAAACGUUGUUCAUGCUCAGCUGUACAUCAUUAACACUUAGCUCAUUCAGCUAGUCUAAGAGCUAACAUAUCUGUCCUUCGAUUAUGUUUACAGUGAACACUUUACCAUUCAUUAAUUGGUCAUUUUUGGUAUUGAAUCAGAUGCACUGUUACUUAUAGAUCAUAACUGUUAUUAAUAUUGAAUUGUUCAGUGAAUUUGAUCGUGUUAAUCAUCUCACAAAAUGUUUUGUAUUACACAAAAUAGCAGAAAGAUACGAAACGUUUUCCUCUUUCUGCGGUUCCAUUUUUUAUUCCUCAGGAACACAAUGUCUUUGUGAUGUUUGAAGACACAUUAACUUACAUCUUUAUAUCAAUUUUUAUCAAAAAUUAGAUUUAAUUAGAUUUACAAACGGGUCAUAAAUGCUGUACGUGUGCUAAUUCUUAAGUUUGAAAUAAUACUUCUUAAGUUUGUGUGGUUGUAGUUUAAUAGUUGUAAAAAAAAAAUAAAAAAAAAACACUACCUCAUGUGCUUGUAUGUUAAUUUUUUUUAUUUUUCUUUUUUAAAUAUAAGGUGUCAUUACAAAUGGAUUUUUGUGUAUUUUUAAUUCUGAAAACGACUACUUCAGGCACCAUUCAUGCAAAAUAAAAUCUGUACUGAAAACAAUUCACGUGUAGCU